AGCGCGGUGAAGGGGGGGGUGGGAUCUGAACAUGGCGGCGGUGGUAGCUGCUACGGCGCUGAAGGGCCGGGGGGCGAGAAAUGCCCGCGUCCUCCGGGGGAUUCUCUCAGGAGAGAAAGCUUCCCAGAGCAGGACCCGGGCACUGCAAAGCCACAGCUCCCCAGAGUGCAAGGAGGAGCCUGCGCCCUUACCCCCUGAGCUGGAAUACAUUCCCAGUAAGAGGACCAAGAACCCUAUGAAGGCUGUGGGACUAGCCUGGGCCAUCGGCUUGCCCUGUGGUAUCCUCCUCUUCAUCCUCACCAAGCGGGAAGUGGACAAGGACCGUUUGAAGCAGAUGAAGGCUCGGCAGAACAUGCGGGCGUCCAACGCGGGCGAGUAUGAGAGCCAGAGGUUCAGGGCCUCCUCCUAACAUACCCCAUCUCCUGAAGGUGGAUCCCGGGUGCAGGCCUGAGGAACACUGCAAACCUCCCCUAGACUGUGUUAACCAUGGCCUCCCUCAGGACUGGCUGUGACUCUGGUCCUGCCACUGAGGCCCACCAGGGGGCGCCUGAAGCCCAGGCUGCUGCCACCCCUCGCCCCUCCCACAUCAAGCCGGCCAAAGGCAAAUAAAGUUACUAAGAUUUUGAGUGGAAAGGAACAGGCCUGGGUUUACAAGUCCCUGGGGACGGGAGGGGCAGAGGGUGGGGCUCGUUACUCAUGUGUGCUCCUUCUCACUGAAGCCUCAGUGUUCCCAGAUGGAUGGUGGGGAAACCAGAGACUUAGGCUCAACAAGCCUAGGCUCAGGCCCUGGGGACCAAGCCCACUGAGCUGCUGGCCAGGAGGGUGUGGCCUCACUCAGCCUUGAAGUAAAUAAUAAAAGGAAUCAUAUAAGACAUUUAGGGUGUGGAGGAAAAAUGCGCUCUUGGCUGAGUCCAAAUGACUCAGUUUCUCUGGGCCUCAGUUUCCUUAUCUGUUAAGAGGGAUUGGACUAGUGAUUUCUAAGGCAGGGGUUCUGAACCUGGGGUCCAUAUCCCACCCCAUAGGCAAAAUUGUGUGCAGCUUUUUGGAGAAGAGUUAAUCGCUCUCAUGAGCUUUUUGAAUGGGUUGAUGACCCAGAAAAGGUUAAGCGUCACCUCUCUGAGAGGUCCCUUCCAGAUCCAGCACUGCAGGAGUUAACACUCCCUUCUCCACAGGCGAUUGCUGAGCUAGCCUAUGGCAUCCAUCAUCAGGAAUUACUGGAGAAAGUGUAUCAGAUUAUCUUAGAAAAUGGGAGAAAUCAAGCCAGAAUGUGGAGUAGGACAUGGAUGCCUUGGGCAGAGCCAGACUACCGCUCCAGGGCUGACAUGUUUUUCAUAGGGAGAAUAACAGAGCCAUAUAGGGUUUU